AUGUUUGUCGUUGUCAUUCCGAGAAUAAUCCAAUCCUGGUUUUCCGCCGGAUCAUCAAAAAGUUCUCUACCAAAAGAAGAUGAAACCAGUGAAGAAUUCAAAGUGUCGAAGAAACGGUUCGAUGCCGCUACCACAUACGUACCCCAUGUAGUUGGGAAGAUCCAUAAUAAUGAUCUGCAUGAUUUUUAUGCUCUCUAUAAACAAGCCACGAAUGGCGAUGCUGAUGAUUCUCAGCGGCCUUCCUUUUUGGACUACAAGAACAGAGCUAAGUUUGAUCUUUGGGCUAAAAAAAGGGGCAUGAAAAUGAUCGAUGCUAUGGAUUCAUAUGUUCGGAAGCUUCUCGAUCUUGACCUCGGGUUCGAUCCUAACGAUGCUAGUCUUCAGACACAAGGCUUCGGCAAUAAACCAAGUAGGAUGGCCAUGGUCGAGGAGCAAACUGACGAUGAGGAGUUCCAAGAUACUGAUGUCAAAAAUUGGUUUUCUGCAGUGAAGGCUAACAAUUCAUCAGCUUUGGAACCAAUGAUUGCAAAAAAACCAGAGCUUCUGAACUUCAGGGACCACAACAUGAACAUAACCGCUCUUCAUUGGGCUGUAGAUAUCGGAUGGCAUGACACUGUUAUAACAUUGUUAAACUUGGGAGCUGAUGUGAACUCAAAAGAUGCAGAAAAUAACACUCCUCUUCAUUAUGCUACAUUGUGCGGAAGAAAAGAUUUAGUAGAUCUUCUACUAUCUCGUGGAGCCAAGAUGGAUUCACGUAAUGCGGAAGGCGAGAGACCAAUAGAUUGUUGUGAUCGAGAAAUAUUUGAAUACCUCCUGCUAUUGGAGUCGGACCAAUGA